CAGUCCAGUUCGGUCCAUCUGCCACACAAGUUAGCUUCACAGAGACACGGGUGAAGCCGACUGCGCCAACAUACAGGGAUCGGUAGAUGAAGAGAAGCGGCACCACCACCACGGCGAUGCUGCAACCCAGGUAAAGGCAAUUGUAUUUUUAUAUGUCGCAUGCAGUCUUGCAAUGCUAUGACGUGUUUAUUAGAUGACGCCUUUGGCAAUGUACAACAUUGUACAUUUGGAUGGGUGGGUGAGUGGGUAGGUACGUAGAUAGAUAGAUAGAUAGAUAGAUAGAUAGAUAGAUAGAUAGAUAGAUAGAUAGAUAGAUAGAUAGAUAGAUAGAUAGAUAGAUAGAUAGAUAGAUAAACAGAUAGAUAGAUGGAUAGAUGGAUAGAUAGAUAGAUAGAUAGAUAGAUAGAUAGAUAGAUAGAUAGAUAGAUAGAUAGAUAGAUAGAUAGAUACAGACAGAUAAAUAGAUAGAGACAGACAGGCAGGCCGAUAGAUAGAUAGAUAGAUAGAUAGAUAGAUAGAUAGAUAGAUAGAUAGAUAGAUAGAUAGAUAGAUAGAUAGAUAGACAGACAGACAGAUAGAUAGAUAGAUGGAUAGAUGGAUAGAUGGAUAGAUAGAUAGAUAGAUAGAUAGAUAGAUAGAUAGAUAGAUAGAUAGAUAGCUGCCCUGGCUUUGGUAGCCCCUCACCGGCAGUGUUUCACAGUUACUGGAGUCGUUUACACCGGAUUAGCAGGGAUUAUCCAUUUACAGUAUUUAGAAGCAUGAGUCGCCAUCUGUCUGUCUUCGUCGUGGCGAGGGAGACGCCCGCACAUAACUCCAAAUCACUCACGUUACUGAAUGCAGCAAAGAAGCUAAUUGAAACGACCAACCUGUGUGAGUUCGUCGACACAAACGAAGAAGGUCACAACAGCUCACCUUCUGCUGCUCAUGGGCUUCCAUUCUCUCAUGAUGCGGACAGACCACAAAGGCCGAAGUGCCUCUCCUCACAGGAUUUCAUAUGAGUCUGACUUCCAUGCCAUUAAAUGCUCAUUUGACAGCGGCACCGGCCUCAAGCACGGCUCCAAGAAAGCCUCUUCCCGGUGUUCUUCAUUGCACCAGGCAAGCCUACCAAGCAGCCUCUCAGAUCCCCUCGUGUCCCUCCCGAGCAUUGGCCAAGGGAGAACCCACAGCACCAGAGGGACUAAAAUUAGGGACAACAUCUUCCUCCAAAUGGACAGCCAUCAGUUGAGACAAAACUGUGGCUCAGUGCAAUGUAGUGGUAGUGCAGCGGCCCUCCUUCCUCUUCACAAUCCCAACCUGCAGCUCCAAAUGUCACCGUUUUCCGCUGCCAGACAUUUGGUCACGGGCUCCGUUCAAAGCACCGUCGCCAGCAUUUCAACGCCUGAAACCUUCUUACAAGAUAAACCAGACAGAUCAGAGGAGAUAAAGGAUAUAGACAGGGCUGCUUUAGCGCAAAAGUUCUCUGUGACCAGGAAGUUGUUUGAGACUAAAGUGACAGGGGCUGCCAGUCGAAGGCAGGUGUCAAAAUGUCCUCUGAGCAAAGACGAAAAGGACUGCUUCGAUGACUACAAAUGCACAAAAGAACCGCUCAUAAAUAUGUCCUUUCCAAAGACCUCUUUAACAACAAACCUUAAUUCUCUUAUGUCAGAUGUCCUCAGUGGGGAAUCAACUAAAUCUCUCUCUAGCGCAGAGGAGCAUGGGCACUCCCCAGCAGGCGAAUGGAAGGAAGAAAAGGAGCCCGAAAGAGCCACUCUUGACUCUAGCAUGACCGCUGAGGAGCCACUCAGGGCACAGCUCGUCCAUGUGAAAUCAUCAGAGAGUGAUGAAAGCGAGGGGAAGGAUAAAGAAUGGGUUGUAUGUAAGGGAGAGGAUUUUAUGGGCGACACUGUGCAUGUUGAAGACCUGGUGGAUGAUGUUUUUGAAGAUCCCAGUGUGGAAACGCUACAUCCUUACUUGGUGGAACUAAACGCAAGAGGCUGUAGAUCCAUAACAGACAAGUAUGAGCAGGUGAAUGAACAAUUCUGGGAGGAGCCAAGCCAACUUACUGACGAGCCGAGAGAGAAGCACUACGACAUGGGUGAAGUUUUGCCAGAAAAUUCAGAAAAAGAGGAUGUUAACAAGACUUGCAGACAAAUUGCAGUGGAAAAGGAAGCUGGUGUGACACCUGAGAUGGAGGAAUGUGCCAAUACAGAGCCACAGGAAGAGGAGAGGAGAGAAGAAAGGAGCGAGGGAAUAGUUGACAUAAACGGAAGCAAAGAGGCACUUCAUUGCAGGAUUGUGAACAAAUGUUUAAAGGAGGAGUCCUGUGUGGAGCAUACAACAUCUCAAGGACAAGUUCUGGAAAACUCUCUGCACACGGGAAACCGGUGUUCAUUGGAAUAUGAAGAAAUUCCCGGCAUUCCUAAACUGUCUGACGAGGAUGAUGAUGAUGAUGCUGCAGAAGACCUAAAGAGAACGGUCCGUUUCUCCUCGGCACCAAUCAAGGUGUAUAGCACCUACUGUAACUCAGAGUACGACAGAUGCAAUGAAGAUAUUGACCCAGUGUCUGCCUCGGCCGAGUAUGAACUGGAGAAGAGAGUGGACAGGAUGGAAGUUUUUGAAGUGGAGAUUGAAAAGGGAGAUGAUGGGCUGGGCAUCAGUAUCAUCGGAAUGGGGGUAGGAGCGGACCAGGGCCUGGAGAAACUAGGAAUCUUUGUCAAGACAGUCACUGAAGGUGGAGCAACACAUCAGGAUGGAAGGAUUCGGGUGAAUGACCAGAUAGUGGAGGUGGAUGGCUUGAGUUUGGUUGGAGUCUCUCAGCUGUUUGCAGCAACAGUGCUCAAGAAUACAUCAGGCCUGGUCAAGUUUCUGAUUGGCCGAGACAAGGAGGGGGUGGAGAGUGAGGUGGCACGCUUAGUCAACGAAAGCCUGGAAAUGGAGAAAGCGUCUCAAAAGAGUCCAAGGACAAGUGGGGAAUUAGAAACUGAUGUUAGCAUGUCAGAGGCUAUGUCAGUACCCGAGGAUGAAGAUGAAGAGGACGAAAUGUCUGUACUUUCUUGUCUGGAUAACGACCAACUGUACCUCAAAUACCAGAAGCUUCAAUCCAAACUGCAAAGAAGAACAGCCCAGCUUCAAAGUGCUAGAGAGAAGUUGAAGGCAUAUGAGGAGGAGCGGGCGAGCUGGGAGAGCCAGAAGGCACAGCUGGAACAAAAAGUGGAGGAUGGAGAAGAGAAAGCUGACAAGCUGGAGAAGUAUUGGCAAGAGGCCCAGACACUGUGCAGGGUGGUGAGCCAACGACUGGCUGAUGCCCAGAGCCAAUCAGACAGCCUGGAAAUCAAGUAUGGCAAGGCCAAGAGACUGGUCAGAGAGUACCAGAGCAGUUUUUUCAGAGAGGAGGACGCAGACAGCAGGGAAGCAGAAUUGCGUCAAGAAAUGGAAGAGAGAGACAAGAAGCACAGGGAGACCAUUGAAAGGCUUCAACUUCAGCUGGAGAGAAAAGAACCAGCAACAACAGGGAAGUCUGUCUCUGUGGACCCACCAGUGCCAGAUCCAGAAUGGUACAUUGCCGUUCCUGACACAGAACGACUGGACUGCAGUGCACACACAGCUCGAAGUCAGCUGGCCCAGAAUUUCAAACGUCAUCCACCUUCACGAGACAAACUCAGGGAGAGCCUUAGAAAAGAGCAGGAAGAAGGUCAAAAGCCACAGGAGAGCCAAUCACAGUCCGAAGGGGUUGUACAGAGGAGCAGCGAAGUUGAACUUUCCAAUUCUUCCUCUUUCUCAGUCGAAAGCCCUGCCACAGCAUCUGUCUUCACACCCCCACUCUACAUCGCUGACAGCACCACCAUCAUCACCCUGCCAAUCAAAUCCUCCACAUCCAGGAAAUCCAAAAGAAAAAUCCCUGACUUCAGUGGCCUUCGUAAGUCUCUAAGCAAGAGGAAGAGUGAAAAACUGCAGAGAAGGUCCAUGAACAGCAGGGCGUCUUGUGGUGACCUGGUGGACGAGCCGGCUGAAGUUUCUCCAUCAGGCUCUGUGACCUCCAUGCCCUCGUGCUUGCCCUUCACCUGGUUUGGAGAGCGAGGGAGGGAGAAAGAGGUGGAGGGGGAGAGGGCAAAAGGGAACAGGGAGAAGCUGCGGUCUGUAUCCAGCAGCAGUUUGCCUUACAUGACCACCUCUGGGAGAAGAGAUCAGAGUGUUGGCUCUCGAAUGGAUAGCUUCAGCAUGGGGGGUCACGGCUCUAAUCACUCUCUCUCUGGACACUCACACACUUUGACCUUUUCUUCCACGGAGACCUUGGACGACAACCCUAUGACGACAACCCUAUGCCGGGCUAACAACAACCAAUGGCAAAGUCAACCUGUGUUGGAGUGGAGCAGCCAUCAGGUGUGUCUGUGGUUGCUGGCCAUGAACAUGGAGCAAUACAUGAGCGACUUUUCAGCCAGAGGUGUAGACGGGGCACAGCUGCUCAACAUGGACACCGACAAACUCAAGGUCAUGGGCGUGUGUCAAAGUGACCGAGCUUCUCUAAAGAAGAAGCUGAAGGAGAUGAAGAAACGAGAGGAAAAAGAAGAGCGGGGAAGGGAAAAAAGGCACAAGGAGUCAUCCAAGCGAAAAGAGAAGAAUUUUGAGAGUAAUGGUGUGGUGAUAGAGAACACAUCUGCAGUGGAGUCACGACAUAGUGGAAGAAUUGCCAGAACUGAGUCACUCCUCUAGGAGAACUUAGAAGAACUUUAAAUUUCCACCAGCAUGUUUGCAUCAGCACACUCACAAAAGGAUGACCUUGGUUACCAUUUCCCUCAGAAUUUUAUUUAUAUUAUGAUGGGACAACAAAUGUGUCAAAUUUUCAGCACUUGUGUAAUUAUGUUUUUAUACUUGAUCUUUAAAUUAUGUAUGAUUUUAAAUGUCAUGUUUUAAUAAAUAAUGCUUUCAAUCCACAUUUAACCUGUCUUUCAAUUUGAAAUUACAUUACACACAUGAAUAUGGCAACUUUAAAAUGUAUUCUUUGAAUUGAAUCUUUUUGCAAAAUUCCACUUUGCUGUUUUACAUGGCAGUCAUUCCACAAUGUACUAAUUAAGGCAGCUGUAUUGUUGGGAAAAAUAGAUGGAAAAGUAACACGUGUUAGCAUUACAUGACUCUUUGGUCUGUAUAGUGCGUAACAGAAAGUACCCCUUGAGUGAAUAAAUACAAAAAUGCAAAAAAAAAAAAAAAAAUAAUUAUAAAAUAUGAAUUCCCUGACACCCUCUUUUCCCACUCCAUCCCACCCCACACUGGAAACACAAAAUGUACAAAAUAAGAUUUAACCUGAUCAUCUAGUGUAUGACACUGGAAGUGUUUGUACUUGCAUUGAAAAGUAAAAAUCAGCCCCUGAAGCAGAAACUUUGAUCAAAGUAUUUUGGACUGUGACCUGUUUAAAAACAAAUGUACAAAUGAUAUCUCGUCUUGGUAUUUACAGUCACCCAGAAUGUUAUUCAGGGUUAAGAAUAAUGUUCGUUGUCGUGCCAGGUUGUCACCCAGGAUUUCUUUUCCAGGUUUUGCCAAUCCGCGUUUACGUCUCUGUCCUCCCGUUUAAUCCGAACUGCGUUGUAACUGGGAACCUUGUCUUCGUGUUUGGCCCGCUUGAAGAAGCCACACUGCGGGAGGAAAUAUGAGAUGUCAGUGUGAAGAAGAAAAGGAUGAAUGUGUUAAGUGGCUGUAAGUGCAACAGUGACCAAAAGGAAAGAGCAAA